AUGGAAGAACCUGUGGAUCUUGUUGAAACACAAGAAGAUUCAAUCCCAAUAUCAGCACCUCAACCCCACCAGCUAACCAUCAUGCCGGGUGGCACUAUGUAUUGGAUACCACACUGUGAUGAUGCACUUAGGCCCUUCAAAGGGCAGAGAUUUCAAGGGCUUAACAAGGCAUCUGUUUUCUAUAAUACGUAUGCUUCUACGGUUGGUUUUGAUGUUCGCCACAACACAUUGGUUAAGGCGAGAGAUAAGACUGUGCUUUGGAAAUAUUUAGUGUGUUUAAGAGAGGGCUACAAACACCACACAAACACAGACCAAUCAGUGUGUCCGCAAAGGGGCAGGGUAUCCAACCGAGUGAGUUGCAAUGCCCGGAUUGUGCUUCGAGUUGAUGGACUCAACAACUAUGUUGUUUAA